AUGGCGCGGGCGGUGGGAACCUUGUUCGAGGGCGGGGGCGACCAGUUGUCGCUAAACUAUGGGGCGGAUGCUAUCAUUUGCAAAAACGUCCCCACAGCAGAAUCAAGAUGGGAAAUCUGCUAGACAAAUCAGCCAGCUUUGCUCGUUUGGCAUGACAAGUUUGUCCUCGUAGUGUGAUCCUGUUUAGGUAGUUCAGCAGCAGCACAGAUCUAGUAUAUCAUGCGGAUUAUAGCAUCAUAAAUCUCAAAACACGAGUAGAAAAUGCCUCUCAUGGCGCCCCGCAUGGCAAACUUUUUUGGCAAGCAGAUUUGCAUUACACCUCUGGGGUGGGGACGUUUUUGCGCAGGAUAGAUGCGCUGGAAAGCUUCUACCAGCGGCUCGACAAGCUCGGCGAAGGCACCUUCGGAACCGUGUACAAGGCACAAGAUUUGCAGACAAAGGAAUUCGUCGCGCUGAAACGUAUCUACAGCCUCGUGCUUUUUUACUUUUUUACAUUUCUUUUGCAUGCUUACGCAAGAGACACAGUUCCAGAGCUCUGAUGUGAUUCCCAGCACGAGUGUCAAUAUCUUCCACAACAACAUAAACAUUUUUUCUAUGAUGUUCGGGCAUCACGAAAGUUUAUUCUCCGACGGGUCGUAGCACAAACAGAAGCAGAACACCAUGCGUUCUUGAUGUCAGGUAUUGCAUUCUCGUCAGAAGAUGACGAGGGAAUCCCGUCCACAGCGCUGCGGGAGGUGUGUUUUCUGCACGAGGUUGCCAACCACGAGAACAUCAUCAAGCUCAAGGACGUGCAUUCCGACGUGAAAAGCAACGGGGGUUUUUUGCACUUGGUUUUUGAGUUCAUGGAUGCGGACCUGAGGCAGUUCAUGAAGAGUCAGUCGGCGCCGAAAAUGUGCGGGGAACCACUGAAACGAGUUGGGAAAAUGAUGCUCGACGGUAUCUAUUACAACCCGAGAAAAAAAAGUGAAAGCGAUAAGCAGGUGUUCGCGGCAUGAAAAUCAGUCACCCUCAAUGUCUGCACUUUUUAGAUUAUGUACUAGUAUGUUUUGCUACCCUGAUCGCUAACAAGAACAAAGCAAGAACAACCACUACAACGCAUAGGGCUGGCGCACCUCCACAAGCACCGCAUGUAUCAGAGAGGAAUUUCGUACGAGUUUUUCGCUACGGGACGCAUCGGGAAUCUAUCAACUGCUUCGAGUGAUAAUUCUCUUCAGCUCGUGAUAUCGACGGCGUCUUAAAGAUUAUCAUGCUAUGACUACGUUUAUUCCUUCCUUGUUACCCGCCGUCGCAGAUGUAGUCGAAGAGCUCCAACCAUGUACAUAUGCGGCGCCAAAAAUCUUGGUACCUGAAGAUGGGCGUCAAUUACGUCUCUCCUGAAUAAUAUGUCUAAGACUGUGCGAUAUUUCCUUUCCAUAGCCGCAUUCAUCGGGACAUCAAGCCGCAGAACGUCCUGAUCAGUUGGGACAUGCAGAACGUCAAGAUCGCCGAUUUCGGCCUUGCUCGCGCUUUUUCGGUACAGCGGCUUAGGAUCAUGCUGCUAUCAAGUGCGUGCUCUACUUGUUCCAAGCCGUUAUUUUGGUCUAUCAGUAAGUGAUGAGUCGCUGUCUUAUAAGAAAUCAAUUUGCACACGACCCAGGCGCCGGUCCGCAACUACACGCACGAGGUGGUGACGCUGUGGUACCGUGCACCCGAGAUUUUGCUUGGCGAAAAAAAGUACACGGUCAGCAUCGAUCUCUGGUCCUUCGGCUGCGUGUUUGGGGAGCUCGCCAACGACGGGGCACCGGUGUUCGUGGGGGACAGUGAGAUUGGCACGAUUUUCCAGAUUUUCCGUGUCAUCGGUACAGGAUACUUUUUCCGAUUUUUCAUUGCUACAUCCAUAGCUGCACGCGUAGUGUAUUACUAGCAUACCUACGAGGCUGUAUUGAGGUUCAUGGUGCAUGCUCCACUGUAGAAAUGUCGCCUUUGACGCGUCGUGGUCGUGGUCAUCCCUGAUCACGACGCAGAGCGAUGCAUGAGGUGGAACGUUCUGAACGAGCAGCAUUCAUUCUGAUGAAAGCCGAAGUUCUUCGAUUGAACCAUACAACUUUUACCGUGCCGCAGGUUCUCCAGCCUUUUGCGAGUGGACCGGUGUGACGCAGUUGCCCUAUUUCUCACCGGAGUAUCCAAAAUUCGUCGCGAAACCGGUGGAAGAAUGGCUUAGCGCGUAUGCAUGGCAGAUUCCUAUUCGGGUCAAGUACAGUGUGGUAUCGGGUCUAUUGAAGCUCUGCAUGCUGAGGACAUCAACUUUGUUUGUCUUGUGAGUCAUUUCGAUUGCUCCAUGGUUUAGUGUGGGGUGUGCUAGCGUUGGUAUCUUCUCAGGUACGCGCACUUGUCAUGCGCAAAAGAAAAUUGUUUCCUUAUUUCUGUUGCUUGGUAGAUUUAGAUUCGAAUCAAGAAUCGGUUACAACCCAGUAGUACUACAAUCAGCUUGACUCACGAUUUCACUUGCACAACGCGCGCCCGAAUACCCCUGCGGUCGCUCCUGAGGAUUUACCGCUGCUUUAUGAUCUCCUGCUAUUCAAGAAAAAAGAGGGUGUUAGAAGUUUGCGACAGUCCUACACUGACAGCGCCAGUGAAGAUACAGAGUGCGAGCAGAGUGAGCGCGUUGCGGUGCGAUUCGUGCAGAAGUCUCCUAUUGGACGUAGCGAGGUGCACUCAAGAUGAAAAUGGCAAUUGUCAAUAAGUAACAGUCCUCUGUGUGUUCAACCAACACAAACACAGACUAUACACUCCGCUUCUUUUAUUGGAUAACAGCAGCAAAUCUUUCAGUACAAUCCGCACAAGCGUCCAGCGAUGAGCGAGCUGCAGUCACAUGGUUACUUCCGCACGGUAACAACGAAUCUGACCAUAUCCGAAGCAAAAACGUCCCCACCCCAUAGUCAAGUUGGGAAUCUAGCAACACAAAUCUCCAAGUUUUGCGACCUGUGCAUGACAAGUUUGCCUCUGCGGUGUAGUGCUGGCUGGCAAGGGAAGCCGCAUGAGAAAGCCGUUUUCUCAUCCUGUUUACAGCAUUACAAAAUCCAAAACCUGAUUGGAAAUGCCCCUCAUGGAGCUGUGCAGCACAAAUUUUCCUGUCAUUGCACAUUUGCAUGACAACUCUGGGGUGGGGACGUUUUUCCUUACGAUAGACCAGUUCGCCGGGAAUGAGCAGCAGCAGCAACUCCUCGUCGCUAGCUAUUGAGAGGAAAAAUCCCCCCUCCCCAUAUCAAAACGGAAUUUCUGAUGCUGGAUUUGUGUACACAAAUCGGGUUUGUAUUGCGAGGAGGCACUGCGGCCAGAUCCCCAGGCUGGAUAGGGGCGUAUGGGUCUAGUUGUUCAGCAUGGCAAACGGCUUUCCUUUAGGCCCAACAGCAUGACAAAUCGCUUCCAUAAUGGGGCGGAAGCUUCUGCCCUUGUCCUCUUGCAAGACAAGCGUUAUUUGUGACUUCAAAUCAGCAACGCAAAUUUUCGGAAACGUGCCUGUUUGAUAUGGGGAGGGGGGAUUUUUCUCUUUGAUACUAGCGGCCGGCGCGGGGGGCGCCGGGAAUAGUGGGACGAUGAUGAUGCACCAGUGCGGUACGGGCUCUGUACCAGCACACAACUGAGGUUUGACAGACUCGGAUUUGUAGGAUGCUUUAUGUCAUGA